AUGAGGCAUAAGGUUGAUGAAUUCCACAGCUUCAGACAGAGCUCCUCUGGUUCUUGUCAAGUGGCAUCAUCAGAUUGUACCUUUACUCCCACGGCUUCCAUCCCCAACCAGAAUGGGAGAUUGUGUCUCCCCCUUCUGUCAGAAACCCAGAAGGUUACAUGGGUCUACUCAGACCAGAUUAACCUACAGCUGGAUGGUGUGGUAGAGCUGGAUGCGGCCUUCGACAGGUUUCCAUAUCUGACCCAGAAACAGACGGUUGCACUGGCAAAGCGCUGCUCCCUGCACCCAGAUCAGGUCAAGGUGUGGUUCAUGGUCCAGAGGCUUCGCUAUGGCAUCAGCUGGGACUAUAAAGACAUUCUGGAGAUGCAGAGGAAGCUGACUUUGAGCCGGGAUAAGGAAGAAGCACACGACCGCAAAAAGGUAGCAGACGAAACAAGAAGAGAUGAGAAGAAAGAGGUGAAAGAGUCUGGUGGAAAGAAAGGAGGAAAGAAAAAGAUGAUGAAGGACAAGGUGGAAAAGGAAACAACAAAGCAAGGGAAUGAAAAGGAGUGGCCAGCAUCCAUCCAGACACAGAAAAAUCUUUCCACUGGGGAGAAAAAAGGAUCAAAAGCAAACAAAAGAUCGCAUUCAGACAUGGUUCUAGGAUCUGGUCCUGAUCCAAGCAAGAACCCUUCACCAACGUCGGAAAUCACCCCUGGUCUUAAGACUGUUGUAAGCCCCGUGAACAGCAGCGCACACAGAAACACAGACAUCAAAAGCAGUGCAAAGACACGCUCUCAGCUGGCGGUGAUGAGGUCGGUGUUCUGUAACUCCCAGUAUCCAGACGCUGUGGAGUACGAUCACCUGGCGCUGACGACCGGCCUCCAGCACCAGGUGUUGGUUCAGUGGUUCAACGACACACGCUACCGAAUCAAGAAAGUCAAACCUCACUGGAUGAACGAGGAGCAGCACAGUAUCGCCCUGGCCAACAUCAGGUGUCAGCAAUACCUGAGAGCACUGGAAAAGGCUCGAAUGAGUGAAGCUGACAUCAGACACCAAACCAAGACUGAGGAGGAGAAGCUGUCCUGA